GCACCUUUUGGUUAUCGGAAUUGGGUAUCUAACGGUAUAUAUUCUUGUGGUCUAUAAACUAUCGUACCAUUAGCAUUGUGGGGUUUCUGAAAUAAAAUGAAGAGCUAGGCUUGUUGAGCUUUUGAGCUUUUGUUAGAUAAGCAUAAAACCCAAGAGGAAUUGAAGUAUAUCAAGUUGUGGGGCUUCUGGGAGUCUUCUCUAUAUAUCAUGGAAGCAGCUGUGACGACCAACAACAAGAGCAGCGCCAAAUACGGCUAUGACAUCAUCGACUGGUUCGACAACCUGUCGGAGAACGCCGGAAAAGUUCAAACUCAGACACUUCGCCGGAUUCUUGAGCUCAACCACGGUGUCGAAUAUCUCAAAAAAUGGUUGGGGGACAUCAAUAUCCAUGAGAUGGACUCAUGUGCCCUUGAAUCUCUUUUCACAUCCAUGGUUCCCCUUGCCUCACAUGCAGAUUUUGAGCCUUAUAUUCUGAGAAUUGCAGAUGGGGAUACUUCUUCUUCGCUCACUCAACAGCCUAUGACUACUCUCUCCUUAAGUUCUGGAACAACAGAAGGAAGACAGAAGUACGUGCCCUUUACACGCCAUAGUGCCCAGACCACUCUUCAGAUUCUUAGGUUGGCAGCAGCUUACAGAUCAAGGGUUUAUCCAAUAAGAGAAGGAGGGAAGAUUCUAGAGUUCAUUUACAGCAGCAAACAGUUCAAAACAAAAGGAGGAUUAGCAGUAGGAACAGCCACAACCCACUACUAUGCAAGCGAGGAGUUCAAGAUCAAACAAGAAAUAACAAAGUCUUUCACUUGCAGCCCAGAAGAAGUAAUUUCAAGUGGAGAUUACAAGCAAUCCACCUACUGCCAUCUCCUCCUGGGGCUCUUCUUUUCCAAAGAAGUAGAGUUUAUAACCUCCACCUUUGCCUACAGCAUAGUGCAGGCGUUUAGUGCUUUUGAAGAGAAUUGGAAAGAAAUAUGCAAUGACAUCAGAGAAGGCAGCCUGAGUCAAAGAAUCAAUUUACCAAAAAUGAGAAAAUCUGUCUUGAAAAUCAUCUCCCCACACCCUUGUUUGGCUUCAAAAAUCGAAGGGUGCUGUGAGGAGUUACAAAAUCUGAAUUGGGGUGGUUUGAUUCCUAAGCUUUGGCCAAAUGCAAAAUAUGUUUGUUCUAUACUCACAGGCUCAAUGCAACCAUACAAGAAAAAAUUAAGGCAUUAUGCUGGAGAGUUGCCGCUAGUGAGUGCUGAUUAUGGAUCAACUGAGAGCUGGAUUGGGGUGAAUGUGGAUCCCUCUCUACCCCCAGAGAAAGUCACCUUUGCAGUAAUUCCCUCUUUUUCUUACUUCGAGUUCAUACCACUUUAUAGACAGAAACAAGGUCGCUUUUCCCCCAUUGAUGACUUGGCAGAAGAUGAACCAGUCCCACUCUCCGAAGUCAAGGUGGGACAAGAGUAUGAGAUUGUCCUUACUACUUUUACCGUUUUCACAUUGCCAUGCGUACAGGGCUAUAUAGGUACCGGUUAGGUGAUGUGGUGGAAGUGGCUGGUUUUCACAAAGGGACGCCAAAAUUGAACUUUAUAUGCAGGAGAAAACUAAUUUUAACAGUAAAUAUUGACAAAA